UCAUGGCUUUGGCAUAAAGACUCUGUAAACUGUGAAUCUAUGAGUCAUUUUAUUGUGGACACUUGGAUCCAGCAUGAUGUUCUCAUUUCCUGGUCACAAUUCUUCCCCUACACAUCGUUAAAAGCACCAGUUUGUGCAUGCUUUUCACCUUACUACAAUUACCCAUCAAGAGGAACAAAAAGGAUCUUACAGAGUAAUGCCACUGUGUUGGUUGGGCAUUGAUGGCUUACAGUUUAAUUUCUUUGGUUUAUGAAGACAUUUUGGGGAUAACAGCAGGUCUAUCUAUACCUUUGGUAUCUUCUGUCUCAUGCCAAAUCCUCUGAUUCCUCCUUUCUCUCUUAAUUGUUUAAUGUGUGAAACAAACUGAGAGAAAAGAGAGAAACCCAAAGUGAUCCACAUUAUGCCUUUUUGUUACAAGAGUAAUGUUUUUGUUGGUGUUUUACUGUUGAGUAUUUUUAUGCAAUAUAGAGCUCUAUAUUUUCAUUUAAAUGUUAUCAUCCUACUUGACAUUCCAUGUCUUCCGGCAUCUUUGUUUGCAGGCUAAUGGGAGUACUAUGAAAGCUGGUGGGAAUAGUACACAUUUUUCCCUUGCUUUGUCUGCUUCUAAGAUCCCAGCCUUUAUACCUAGCUCAACCCGUGCUCCUAAUGCGAACGUGUCUAGGCCUACUAAUCAAACCUCUUCCUCUUUUAAAUCCUCAAUCCCAUGUCUCAGUCUGAGCUGGCCCAGCAGUAGACCCGUCUUGCCCUCCAAUGACUCUAUCCAAAGCCCCCGCCCCCCACGGCUGACUAAAGGUCAAACCCUAACCCUUCCUUCACAGACUCAAAAUUGCCCCGUCUCCUCAUAUACCUACUCAUCCUCUUCUAGUUCCUACUCGUCCUCCACUUCUGUCUCUCCGACUUCUACUUCCUCCUCCUCCUCCCCUUCCUCUCCUUCCCUCCUGUCCCCCACUACCAUGUGCCGGGGUGGCAGAGCUGUACACAUGCCCACAAACAUCAGCAGCCACAGGUCUCUGAAGGCCAGCAGUGGCCAAGCCACUACCACACCAGCAUCCUUUACUGGGGACAUGGCAUGAGCUUUAUAUUUCUCUCUUGCUCUUUGUGUUUGCACUCCCAUUCCAGUGGGAUUAAGGUGGGCAUCAUCCUUGACACACAGAUUCAGAUGUGUGUUGGGGUGGUAUUAUUGUUUUUUGUGCAAAACUUCUGAAAUCUUAGAAAAUUCAGCAGCUUUGUAUUUUGAAAAAUGUUAACAAAAUAGUCUAGAGCCACAUAUGGUGCUUCUUAAUAAUGGACUUCUUUUUUGUUUAUGUGAGGGAUUACACUUGACAGUGUUGGCUUUAUAUUUUUAGAUGUGCUUUAUUUUUUAGAUUCUAUAUAGAAUAAACAUUGUUAUUUUAGAGAAAGGAAAUUAGAUGAAUGAAAUAUUAUAGCAUAUUUUGUUUUAAUUAGCCAAAUUCAGUGGGGUCCAAAAGUCUGAGACCACAUUGAAAAUAAUAAAUAUUAAAAUAAGCAGCAAUAAAUAUUUUAGAUUCUACACAAUUUCUAGGUCACUAAUCAAGUGUAAGCAAAUGUUGGAUGUUGACUAUGUUAAAUCCACAUGAUCUUUGGAACAUUCUCUGAUCAAGUUGAGAUAUCAUUGAUCAUCUGGAUUUGCACAAACUUGCAAAGUCCUUUGCAGCUCGAAUGCAUGCUGUCAUUAAAACAAAAGCAAAAAUAAUUAUAUUCAAGAAGUGUACUGAAUUGGAAAAGAAUACAAAGCAUUAAACAUUUUCACCAAUGGUCUCAGACUUAACCCCUUUUCGAUCCAAGAAAUGGUUGAACUGUGGUGAAUUGAUUUGACUGUUUGAAAGGUAUCUAACCACAUUUAAUCUGAAUUAGUUUUAUCUUUUCCUCCAGUGCACUGCCAGUUUUAACAAAAAAAAAAAAUAAUGCAGGCAACAUGCUUCCUAUUUAUAGUAUUUUGCCACAAAACCAAAGUGUUGUUUGUUGAAAGAUUUUACAUGACAUUAGAAACAAAAUUGCAUAUUGCGUGAGUGGAUGACAUACAACCAAUGUAGUGAUUAUGUAGCCUUUGUGUUACACCAUUCUUCUAACCUUUAAGUAGCUGAUGUAAAAUGCUAAAUAUUUGUAUUUUACUUGCUAGUUGAUUAAAUAAGAGGUUCAUAAAAUAUUGGCUAUGAAAAAGGUGCUUUUAAUCUUGCCAAACGUUACUAUGCAUGGUGUUAGAUAUUUAAUUGCAGAGAGGAUACUGCAAAGGUAAAUGCUGUAAAUAUUAUCUCUGAUUUUGUAUAACUUGUACAAAAACUGUGUGGAACAAAAUGCUUGCCAGAGAAGUUUGUCAAAUAAAGGGCUGCCAGUGU